CAGGGUGUCAGCGCAAAGGUCCUUCUGCGGGGAUACUCGUGACGCGACUCCGGGUGGCACUCCCAUUGCCUGUCGGGUUUCUAGAGAAGCCAAUUGGCGUCACCUCACCGUGGCUCAGAGCUGACAGUGUCUCCUCUGCAACUCAGUUGCUGCCUGGAACACUUGGAUGCCUGUCAUGCGUCCCCGAACCCUCCUCCUGCUGCUGCUGUCGGGGACCCUGGGCCUGGCCCAGGCCAGUGCAGGCUCGCACUCCCUGAGGUUUUUUAACACCGUCGUAUCCCGGCCUGGCCACGGGGAGCCCCGCCACUGGGGAGUCGCCUACGUGGACGACACGCCGUUCGAACGGUUCGACAGCGAACGCGAGAGUCGGUGGCCUGAGCCGCUGGUGCGGUGGAUGGAGCAGGAGGGGCCUGAGUACUGGGAAGAGCGCACGCUGGACUACAGGACCUGCACACAGGUCCUCCGAGGGAGGCUGAAAGAAGUGCACGGCUACUACAAUCAGAGCAGGACCGGGUCUCACACCUUCCAGAGUAUAAUAGGCUGCGACUUGGGACCUGAUGGGCGCUUCCUGCGCGGGUACCAGCGUAACGCCUAUGACGGCCUGGAUUACAUCUCCCUGAACGAGGACCUGAGCUCCUGGAUCGUGGAGGACCCGGUGGCUCAGAUCACUCUGCGCAAGUGGGAGGCGGCCGGUGUAGCUGAGAACAAGAAGAACUUCCUGGAGGGCAGGUGCUUGGAGUGGCUCCGCAGACACCUGGAGAAUGGGAGGGAGACGCUGCAGCGCGCAGACCCCCCCAAAACCUCUGUGACCCGCCGUCCCAUCUCUGAGCAUGAGGUCACCCUGAAGUGCUGGGCUCUGGGCUUCUACCCUGCAGAGAUCACCUUGACCUGGCAGCGUGAUGGGGAGGACCACACCCAGGACACAGAGCUUGUGGAGACCAGGCCUGGAGGAGAUGGGACCUUCCAGAAGUGGGCAGCUGUAGUGGUGCCUUCUGGAGAGGAGCAGAGAUACACAUGCCAUAUUCUGCACAAGAGCCUGCCCAAGCCCAUCACCUUGAGAUGGGAGCCACCUCCUCAGUCCACCAUCCCCAUCAUGAGCAUCAUUGCUGGCCUGGUUCUCCUUGUGAUCACUGGAGCUAUGCUGGUUGGAAUUGUGAUGUGGAGGAAGAAACACUCAGGCAGAAAAGGAGGGAGCUACUCACAGGCUGAAAAUAAGAAUGGAGGGAGCAAUGACAGUGCUCAGGACUCUCAGAUGUCUGUCAUGGCUCCUAAUGAGCAAGCCAGCUGCCUUGUGGGGCUCUGAGUGAUGCAAGAUUUGUUCACACUCCCACUUUUUUUUACUUCAAGAGCCCCGGAUAUCUCUAUCUGCUAAUGGUGUCUGAAAGUGACUCUGUUCCUAUUAGCAUAAUGCAAGCAGGUGGGGAAAUUGGCCCACCUCUACUCAUCAUGUCCCUUCCCCCAACUUACCUAUGUUCUUUCCCUAAUCUGCUUUCCUCUUCCAGCAGAGAUGGGACUGGGUCAUCACCAUCUUUGUCUUUACUUCACAUUUGGCUGGGAAAUAAUAUUUAACUUGUCUUUUGAAAAUCUGGAUAUGACUUUGUUUUUCCUAUUCUUGUCAUAUAAAAUUGGUGUGGAGAAGGAGAAGACUCUUAAAGUUGAGAUACAAAAUAAAUGGAAGCACUGAGAACCUUCCAGAAUCUGCCAGAUUGCUGUGCUGUCUGUUGUAGGUGGGCCAGGAGAGGCUGUGAGGAGCCAAGUGUGGACAAAACCCUGCCUGGUCAGUACUCAGUACAUUAUGGGCUUUAACAUGGUCACUCCCUAGUUGAGUCAUCUUUGCUAUAGCCUGGUCACUUCAGUGGAACUUUGUCACACCAGGACCUGUAAUCACAGGGACUCAGACAUCACCUGUCUUUAGGACCAUGGGCAUCAAGAGCUUCCUAUGACCAGGUCAGCUUAGGCUCCAGCUUGGAUCAAGCCCUCAGCCCCCAGCUUUUGGGUGUUCUUUCUCUUUGUUAAUAUAGAGAAUUGGGUCUAUUUUUACUCUCGUGUGUAAGUUCUGGUCUUAUUUUCUCUGGUGUUCCCCUGUCUAUGAUGGUCGCAGGAGUCCUAAGCCUCUCAUUGUUUCCACAAGACCCAGUGAAUCUUUGCACAUAGGAGUCUCUGUGGUAUCACAAGAUGCAUUUUCAGAUCAUUCAUCUCUUCUCCUCCUUCUAGCAUUAUUCUGGAUUAUUCUUUCCAUGUUUCCCCAUCUUUUUUAAAAAGGCAGAUUCUGGAGUUAGAGAAAGGAUGUGACUGUUUCUCAUCUUUAUUAAAUUAGUUAGUUUCUGUCUUCUCUGCUCAUCUACCUGCUCGCUACCCAUAGAUCUAGUGAUCUAGUUCUGGUUCCACUUCUAAUUCAUAGAGUGAUAAAGCAGCGUCUAAUUUCACUUCACAUUUGUCUGGCAUAUAUGACCCAUUAGCCUAGGUACAACUUUUUCUGAAGGAGAACUAUAAUUGUUUCCUAUGCUGUGCAGGGGGGAUGGUAUGGAAUAGAGGCAAUCAAUGGAGGUUGUGGGGGGAGAUCAGCAAUGGGGAGAAAAGCAACACCAUGUAACAGCUGUGGCCUGAGGGUCAUCUGGAAGAGAGAGGGGGCAGUAUGCUGGCCACUCAUUCAACUGAUAAUUGUCAGACACAGGAACACUAUUUUAACAUCUAAGACACUUCGGUGGACUAAAAAUGGGCUACAUUUGCCCACCUUGUGAGGCACAUGUUCUGGUAGUAAGGGGCAGAGAACAAGGGAAGAGUGUAUGUUAGAAGUUGGGAAGUGCUUCGAGGAAGGUGACCCAGAUUAGAACUGUGUGGGGACAGGAAACAUGGCUACUUUACCAUAGCGGUUAGUGUGAGCCCACCAAGAAGGUGACCUCUGAGAUAUUUGAAGGUCAUGAAACAAUUGUUUAGGUGGUUAUCUGGGGGAAGUCCUUUCAGGCAGGGGAAACUCUAGUGCAUAUGCACUAGGGCAAGAGCAUGUCUUGUGUUCAAGGAAGGGUGAGGAGGCCACUGUAGCUGGAGCAGACAGCAAUUGAAAUGAAGUCAGAUGUUAGGCCUUAACAUUAGAAGGGCUUGGAAUCUCCUCUGAGUGAGCUAUGGAGUUGUAAGACAGUUUUGAAAAGAUAAUCCACUCAAUACAACCUCUCCUUAGAAGCAUCUGUUGGCAUAUUAGAGACCCUUAACUCCAGGAAACAAACUGAGGGGUCCUAGUAAAUGGGAGGAUGGGCGAACUGGGUGAUGGACAUUAAGGAGGGCACUGGAUUUAAUGAGCACUGGGUAUUAUAUGCAACUAAGAAACCACUAAAUUCUAGCCCUGAGACUAAUAAUACAGUGUAAGUUAACUAAAUUGAAUUUAAAUAAAGAAUUUUAAAAAUAAUAACAUAUAUACAUUUCAUAUAUUCACUUU